GUCAAGCAAAAGUCGGCCUUGUUGAUACAGGUGCCACAGGAAGAAGCGCAAGCUGUAAAAUUGUCAGGAAACGAGUCUAAAUGGGAAAUUUUGAUACUGACCAGAGCAAGUACCAUCGCUAUUGGCAAAGGUUCCGUCGGGGCAAUUGUCGAUACAUUGGCCAUUGCUCAAGACCUUGCCAGGAGUACACUUGGACGAGCACCCAAGCGGGCAAGUGUCGCAGACACCCUUGAGAGGAUUGGCGAUGAGCGAAGAUCCAGAGCAGACACCAGAGGCGGGGACGGUGGCGAUUCCGACACAUUGGCCGUUGAGGAAAAAGGUCGCGCAGGCUGCGUUACAUUGAGCACAAGAAGUGCCCGAGGGGAAUUGACCAGGUCGGCACUGCUGGGAAGCGACACCACAAGUUUGGGGUUGAAGAUUGCUGACGAUCCACACUUUUCACAAUUGCCAGAAGAAUUGCGGAAAAAUCCGUCAGCACAAGUGGCGCAUUGGGUUGAAUUGCCACCAGAUGUAGCAGUCGUGAAACCAGGCGAGCAAGUGCAAGUGGAGCCGUUGCAAACACCAUUGGCGCAGUUGCAGUUGGAUGGAGCAUUGGAGGGGACGGCCACGCUGAGACAUUCUCCGGUACCUGUGAUGCCGUCGUCGCAUCGUUUGCAAGUAGGAUCACAUUCUGUAAGAGAAAAGCGGCGCACACGUCAGUAUGAGCGACGAAGCAGAACCACGAUGACGUCGCUGCGGAGAAACGACGAGACCGAGGAGAGAGGAAGAAAAAUACUCACGUUUACAGUCAGGACCGUAGCGGCCAGCAGCGCAAGAUUCGCAGCUUUCGCCGGUGAAUCCGUCGCGGCAUUGGCACGUUCCGGCGCUGGUACAGAUGGCUUUAGCCGAGCAAGCAGGAGUGCAUAG